AUGGCGCUUGAAGUGGUGUACCAGCCACCCACAGGCAUUCGCACGCGACUCGAUAUCUAUCGAGAACAUGUGAACAAGCAACAUGGCUUGGAUUUGCAAAGUUACGAUGACUUGCAGGCCUUUUCUGUCGAACGUUCCAAUGACUUCUGGAUGUCUUUAUGGGAAUAUCUCCCUUUAAAGGCAUCAAUCCAGCCUACUAGGGCUAUCGACGAGUCUUUAACGAUCGAUCAAUUCCCGCAGUUCUUCGAAGGCGCCCGGCUGAACUAUGCCGAGAAUAUGCUGGCGAAGGAUGACAACAGCAUCGCUCUCAAAUGCAUCUCUGAAGAGAACUUGAUCCCGCAAGAGGUCACCUGGGUCGAACUCAGGCAAAUGGUGCAGCGACUAGCGGAUGCAAUGAGGUCCUCGCACAUCUCAAUAGGAGAUGUUGUUUGCGUGAUUGGAGGCUCCACAGCCUUGUCGCUGGCACUUCUGUUGGCAACUGCCUCUGUGGGCGCAACUUUCUCUUCAUUUGCGACAGAUGCUGGAGAAAGAGUCCUGCUAGAUCGUAUGGGUCAGCUUGGACCUAAGCUGGUAUUCUCGGAUUCCACGUACGGAUAUAACGGCAAGCGCCACGAUAUAUCACAACGCAUCGCAAAGGUAUACUCUCUGAUAGACAAGGCACCCGGUCAUUCCCUGGUUUGCACCUCAGAGGGGACACCCGAAGGAUGGAUUUCACUCGAAGCUUUCCACCAGCGCGGUAAGGGCAGACCGCUAAAGUUCGAGCAAGUACCAUUCUCGCAUCCACUAUUUGUUGGUUUCUCAUCUGGUACAACGGGAACACCGAAGGGUAUUGUUCACUGUCAUGGAGGAGUCGUCAUCAAUGGGAUGAAAGAGGCUUUCCUGCAUCGAGACUUUGGCUCAACGAAGGAUAUCUACUACCAUUACUCUGGGAUUGGCUGGGUAUUGUGGAACAUCAUGAUAGGAGCCCUCAUGGCAGGGACCACUCUUGUCCUCUACGAUGGCUCGCCAUUCUACCCUUCGCCCCAACGAUGCCUUGACGCUGUCUUGGAAGCUGGAACUACUGCUUUCGGUGCCGGACCUCGAUACUUCUCCGAGUUGCAAAAAGCUAAUGUCAAUUCACAAUGUACGGCCAAUAAUGUGAAGAUGAUCCUUUCAUCCGGUGCCAUACUUACAGAAUCACAAUCGAAAUGGCUGGUAUCAGCCUUCGGUCCCGUUUGCCAGAUAUCGUUCAGUGGAGGGACCGAAUUAUGCGGCAACUUCACCGACGGUACACUCAAUCUCCCUGCAUACGCUGGAGAAAUGACCUGCAAAGCGCUUGGCAUGGAUGUUGAUAUCUUUGACUCACAAGGCAAGCCGAUGGCACCUGGCCAAAGUGGCGAACUUGUAUGUAAGAAGGCGUUCCCAAACAUGCCGUGUGCGUUCUGGAACGAUCCAGACAGGAAAAGAUACUACGACACAUACUUUUCGACGUUCCCCAAGGUGUGGAGGCACGGAGAUUUCAUUCGACAGAACGCGCAGACGAAGACAUUGGUCAUUUUGGGUCGCAGUGAUGGUGUAUUGAAUCCUUCUGGUAUUCGCUUCGGCACUGCGGAGAUCUACUCGAUCAUCGAGCGGAAUUUUGCGGACCAAAUACAAGACAGUAUCUGCGUGUCGCAGCAGAGACCCCAGGACGAGGUCGAGCGGGUGUUCCUUUUCGUCCGUCUGAAGCAAGGUGAUCGCUUGUCUCCUACCCUUGACAGAGCCAUCCGGGAUCAGAUUACCAAGGAUCUGAGCCGGCGUCAUGUACCUCAAUAUAUCGCUGCGAUGCCAGAGCUGCCGUACAAUGUCAACGGGAAGAAGCUCGAAAUUCCGCUGAAGGGCGUCCUAUCCUCAGGCAAGGAAUAUCUCGCGAAAAGUAGGAGUCCAGCGGAGGAGAAGGCAGUCUUGGAAUCGUAUUUGCCAUACCAUGAAGUUGAGAAGUUGUUGGGCCAAGGCAGUGGAUCUGUAAAGGCCAAGCUGUAG